UACGGAGUUUCGAGAAGCAGCCACGACACCAAUUUUGUCUAUGCGGAUAAAAUAGCAGACACGUCCCCUUCAUUCUCCCCUCUUUUGCAUGUUCACUCCGCCAAUAAACAACACACUCACCGAGUAAUGAAUCGACCAACCUUUUAAUUUCCAAAUCACAGACAUUGUAAUACUGCAAAAAAAGAAAAAAGAAGAGAAAUCUCAAACAACGAUGCGAUUCUUAUCGCGGAGAUUUGGGACUGUUACUGCUAAUGGAGAUGGAGGGAUUUCGAUGUUAGGUUUAGGCAAAAGAGGUAUUGCAACGAGCUGUAGAGCUGUGUUGUGUCCGCGAUUUGGUGGGCCCGAGGUGCUUGAGUUUCAUCAAAAUGUAGCUGUUCCUGAUCUAAAACCCAAUCAAGUGCUUGUUCGUGCUCGUGCUGUCUCCAUCAAUCCCCUUGAUACCAGAAUGCGAGCAGGAUAUGGACGUUCAAUUUUCGAGCCACUUUUGCCAUUGAUUUUGGGCCGAGAUAUAAGUGGUGAAGUGGCAGCUGUUGGAAAUUCUGUUAAGUCGCUUACCGUUGGGCAGGAGGUAUUCGGUGCUCUGCACCCAACCGCUGUGAGGGGUACUUAUACUGACUACGCUAUUCUUGCAGAAGAUGAACUUGCUCCGAAGCCAGAAUCACUUUCACAUGUGGAAGCCAGUGCCAUCCCAUUUGCUGCCCUAACUGCUUGGCGUGCGCUAAAAAGUACUGCCAGAAUAAAAGACGGGCAUAGGGUAUUGGUCAUAGGUGGAGGAGGAGCAGUAGGUUUCUCUGCAAUUCAGCUUGCAGUUGCUGCAGGCUGCCAUGUCUCUUCAACAUGCGGAGAAAGUAUAAGUAUAAGUCGUAUUUUGGCAGUCGGUGCGGAGCAGGCUGUUGACUAUACCACUGAGGAUUGUGAAAUAGCACUUAAGGGGCAUUUUGAUGCUGUCUUGGAUACAAUUGGUGUGCCAGAGACGGAGAGAAUAGGUAUAAAUCUUUUAAAGAGAGGAGGACACUACAUGACGUUACAGGGGGAAGCUGCUUCAUUCACUGAUAGGUACGGACUGGCUAUUGGUCUUCCUCUAGCAACAGCCAUCUUGCUGAAGAAGCAAAUCCAAUACCGAUAUUCUCAUGGAAUAGAAUAUUGGUGGAAUUAUAUGAGGGCUGAUGCUGAGGGUUUACAUGAGAUCCGUCGGUUAUCUGAGGCUGGGAAGCUAAGAAUCCCAGUAGAUAAAACUUUUCCACUUUCGCAGGCCAGAGAGGCACACGAGGCGAAGGAAAGGCGACAAAUUCCUGGCAAAGUUGUGCUGGAAAUCGACUGAUUUAAUUUGACGAGAUAACCAACGGUCUGAGGAUGCAGUGCAAGGCUUUAAUGUCCCAUGCAGUCUGAUAUUGCACUCAUCAUUGGAUGCCAUAUAUAUUAUAUGUGUUCUCCUUGGCAGGAAAACCAGAAGCAUUUAUACUUUGUUGGAAUAUAUAGGAUAGGAAGCUGCCAAGGGAAAUGUGCAACCUGUAAAUUCUCGGGACAUUCUCAAAUUUUGUUCUUUUCAAGUAUUUGUCAUUGUUUCUAUGUCACAUCUUUUAAUUAGGUACUCACGUUGAAUGUCUUAGGGAGCCUCCUCUGACUUCCAGUGCUAGUGCCAAUGAGAUGCUUCGCCAAUGGCCAUAAUAAGUCUUAGGGGCUGUAUGUUUCUUUCCCCCUUUUUUAGAAACAAAGAAUAUUAUGACAUCUGAUUUGAAUACUACGACAUCUGAGAUGUUUCGCCAAUGGCCAUAAUGUUUUAGAUAUUGCUUUUAAAUGUGAAUAUUGGUGAAUUUUAGAGUG